GGGAGAGACAAAAAACUGCCUUUUUCCCUCCGACAGAGAGAACCUCCAUCCUCAUGAUCUCAUGAAUAAAUUAUAGCAGCCCAUUGUGCAAUAGAGGGAGGUAUGCAGCGAAGCCUAGGCAAACACUGCCGAGUACACGGACCACAGAUUCUACCCCAGUGUACAGGGUUCUGACUUUCCCUAGCCUUCCUAUGCCGCGACUGGAAACGAACCGCAACUAGCCGGGUCCAAUUACUAGUGCUCCGGGUUGAGACCUUGCUGAAGCAUAUUUGCCGAUGUACUGAAUCAAAAGAGGAAAUACAUUUUUACAGCUACCGAGAUGGAGAAUACAACUUAGCUGAGGUAGCUGGCUAAUCACAGGGCUAGCUUGCUGGUUAUUCCGGGGGAAAGGACUACACAUUGCUUACUACAGUUCCGAAGCGAAAAAGAGCAGGACUUAACUUGACUACCUUUUCUUUGGCGUGCCAGCCUUUGCAGAGGAACAGGUCGCGUUUGUCAUAUUCCCGAGUGUUCGGUGGAUUUCUACGGCUGAUCAUUAAAGCAAGGAGCAUACCAACCUCGGGCAGUUUGAGUCGAAGACUGCCUGCUGGGUUGAGGAGUUUUGGGGCCGCCUGCUGACGCCCACACCCCUCCGAUGAACCCCAUCAACUCCAUGAAACCUGCCCUGCCUCCGACCCCACACAGUGACGGCUCCUACCCGUAUGAUCCUGUCUCCUGGCAGCAAGGCACCAAUCAGCCUGCAGGUUCCCUCUCCGUGGUAACCACAGUGUGGGGGGUGACCAAUCCUUCGCCCAGCCAGGUCUUGGGCGCUCCCAUGGGCCCAGGUGGAAACUCAGCCGGUAGUCACAUGUUGCCAGGCAACAGCCCCGGCAUGAGCUCCCCCCAGUUCAUGGGCCAGCAAGGCUACCCUGAGCCGAACAAGGGCUACAUGCAGCAGGGGAUGUACGGGCGGCCAGGGGGCGGGUACCCCACAGGCCCCGGUUACGGGGGCAGUUACCCCAACAGCGGAGCGGGGUCCCUUGGGAUGCCCCCGCACGGCGCACGCCCCCCCACCGACUUCACCCAGGCCGCGGCCGCAGCAGCUGUGGCCGCAGCGGCCGCCACGGCUACGGCCACCGCCACGGCAACAGUCGCCGCGAUACAAGAGAAACAGAACCAGGAGCUGAAUUACGGACCGAUGGGCGGCGCUUCCUCCUACAACAGCCAGUUCCUGCCGCCCUCCGGCCCCCGCGGCCCCCCUGGAAUGACCCCCGCAGGAAUGGGGCCGUCACGCCCCCCCUCCAUGGGCCCCAUGUACAGCGGCCAGGGCCAGCGGCUUCCUCAGCAUCAGGGGUACCCGGGGGGCCAGCAGGGGCCCCCCCGUCCGCAGCAGGGGCUCAAAAGGCCCUACAACUCUGAGGGCUUUUCUGGGCAGCAGCAGUAUGGCCCGGGGAUGGGCGCUGUGGGGCCCUACCCUGGCCCGCCCAUGCAGUACCACGGCCCCGGGCCCCAGCGGUCGGCGCCCUCGCCCUCGUACCCAGGCCACAGGAUGCCCCUGCAGCAGGGCAACAUGGGCCAGUACCCUCCCGGACCGGGAGCCCCGGGGCAGUACUAUAAGUCUGACCAGUUCAACGGGCAGGGCAACACCCUCACCGCGAUGACAGCAGGGGGCGCUGCAGGGGGAGGAGGCGGAGGAGGGUACAACACCUUCACCCAGGCGGCGGUCAAUGGGCCUGGGCGGGCCAUGCCAGGUUACCCGAGCUCCCCACUCCCAGGGAACCCCACACCCCCGAUGACCCCUGGUAGCUCCAUGCCGCCCUACAUGUCCCCUGGCCAGGAUGUCAAGUCCCCCUUCCUCCCUGACGUCAAGCCCAAUAUGAACUCCCUGCCGCCCCCUACAGGGAACCCCAGUGACGACCUUCGGCUGACCUUCCCCGUGCGGGACGGGGUCGUGCUGGAGCCCUUCCGUCUGGAGCACAACCUGGCCGUCAGCAACCACGUCUUCCAGCUGCGUGACUCCGUGUACAAGACACUCAUGAUGAGGCCGGACCUGGAGCUGCAGUUCAAGUGCUACCACCACGAGGACCGGCAGAUGAACACCAACUGGCCGGCCUCGGUGCAGGUGAGCGUGAACGCCACGCCCCUCACCAUCGAGCGCGGGGACAACAAAACCUCCCACAAGCCCCUCUACCUGAAGCAGGUGUGCCAGCCGGGGCGGAACACCAUCCAGAUCACCGUCACCGCCUGCUGCUGCUCUCACCUGUUCGUGCUGCAGCUGGUGCACAGGCCGUCUGUGCGCUCCGUGCUGCAGGGCCUGAUGAAGAAGAGGCUGCUGCCGGCCGAGCACUGCGUCACCAAGAUAAAGAGGAAUUUCAGCAGUGGCACCAUCCCAGGCACACCAGGGCUGAACGGAGAGGACGGAGUCGAGCAGACGGCCAUCAAGGUGUCACUAAAGUGUCCCAUCACCUUCCGCCGGAUCCAGCUGCCCGCGCGGGGCCACGACUGCCGGCACAUACAGUGCUUUGAUCUGGAGUCUUAUCUGCAGCUGAACUGUGAGAGAGGGACCUGGCGCUGCCCUGUGUGCAAUAAGACUGCUCUUCUGGAAGGCCUGGAAGUGGACCAGUACAUGCUGGGGAUUCUCAUCUACAUCCAAAACUCGGAUUAUGAAGAGAUCACGAUCGACCCCGUGUGCAGCUGGAAGCCGGUUCCAGUAAAGCCGGACCUGCACAUCAAGGAGGACCCAGACGGGCCAGCUUUGAAGCGCUGCCGCACUCUGAGCCCGAGUCACAUGAUCCUGCCCAGCGUCAUGGAGAUGAUAGCUGCGCUGGGCCCGGCCUCCUCCCCGUACUCAUCUUUGCCACCAGGUGGCAGCAGCAGCACGCCGGACUACCCCAGCCAGGCUGGAUCGGGGUACUCCAGCCAGCCAGGAUUUUCAGAUUUCCCCAACGCCCCAGGGACUCCGACUCUCGGGGAGUUCGCUUCGGGACCACCCCCUCUGUCCUAUCAGGCUGACCUGCCCAGCGGGCUCCUGACUCCAGAAAAGCCAGUGGGGCACCCAAUGUCUGCACAGAUACCCCACUCUGGCCGCAUGGACCCUUCCCACAAUCCCCUUCAGCAGCAUCAAGGUCUCCAUGGCAAUUCGCACCUUGGGGGGCCAGGAGGACCGAUGCAUCCCCGGAACCCUUCCCAGAAUCCCCGGCUGCACACGGAUGGCUCCUUCGGGCUGGGGGGCCCAGGGGGACCAGGAGAGGUGCCAGAACCUUCUCUUGACUUGCUUCCGGAGCUGACAAAUCCAGACGAGCUGCUGUCAUACCUCGGCCCCCCCGACCUCCCCAACAACAGCAACGAUGACCUGCUGUCUCUGUUCGAGAACAACUGAGCCUCUUCACACUGGUCACUUGCCAUGGUCCUCUGCAACACAGUGGCCUCUUCAGCCCCAAAAAAGCAAAGAAAAGCUCCUGUCCCAGCAUCAACAAGGAAUGGAGUGAGGUGUGGCAGGGGGACUGUUCAAAAUUUCACCCCCACAGCCACCCCACUACUUCAGUAACUGGAAAAUGGUGGUCAGUAGUGGGUGCUGCAAGAACUUUUUUAAAAGAACAUGUGACCUGACUGCCAGUGAACUAUGUCGACUGAUUUUACUGUUUUAUAAUUUAAAGGUUACCCCCCCCCCCACACACACACACACACCCAAAAACACAAAAAACACACACUUGUCUCUCAUUUCUUUAUGUGAAACUAGUGGCGGAACACCACCAAAAUCCAUAUGCUGAAAUCCAUAUGGCAUUUUGUAUAAAACUGGGUUGUGAAAUCCUCACUUUUAGCCUCACUUAUUCAGUGGAGGGAGUGCCGCUGUGAGGUGUGAUCUUGUCCUUUGUUAUUCAAAUGGUGUUGGGCUAGUCAUAAAAAACAAACGUGAAUUUAUAAAAGAACCUUUGUAAAAAAAAAAAAAAAAAAAUCAAUAAAUGGAGGGGUCAGUGAUUUCACUCUGUGCCCUCAGAUACAAUGUGUAGAAUUUAGCAGGCUAUUUUAACAGAGCUUAACAAUCUGUAAGAGAGAGAGAGCAGGGAUGGAUGUAAACGGGGGGGCUAAAGCUUGUGCCCAGAGUGUCUCAGCGUCAGAUACAUCCUGCCCUACUCUAACACAGUUCUACAUUGUCCUCUCUGUGGACAAACAAGCACACUAACACUGUGACCCCUCGCUCUGUCCAACCAAAUAUUGUUACCAAGGCUUUGAUGCAAACCUUCACUUGUUAGCCCCAGUUGGCCAGGGAAUGUCGUGUGGUAGACCAUAAACCAUGCAUUCUUUUUUUUUUGCCCAGGCAGAAGCUGUAACAAUCUACAAAGUGUUGGGUCUGUACCUGUGUGUCCCAUGGUCUCGUCUAUAUCGGUUUGUCUGAGGCAAAAUUGCCUGAACAAAAUGGUUCCAUAACUGCUGAGACCAGUAACGAGGCAGUUUUGCAGAUAUGUAAGAAUGAACUUUUACUGAAAUAUGUUGACAUAUCCCUAAUGCCAGGCCUGUGUAACCCCCAGGAGAAAUUAGUCAUCAUUUGGAGAAAAAUAUGGUGUGUCUGUUCCUUUGAAACUACAUUGUUUAGCACAGUGGACAGCAUGGUUUUCUCUGUCUCUCAGCUUUCUGUAACUUUUUAUGGUUAAUUUUGUGAAUGGGCCUGCCUAAAACUAAUGAAUGAAUCUCUAACCAAAUAAAUGCAAAAGCCCCUGCCAUCCUCCCUGAGGGAUUUUGAAUCUAAUGGGCUCUGCUGUAAAAUCCAUCUCCAGAGAUAUUUAAAAGCCAGCAUAAAGGUUUUUUCCAGGAAAGACCAUUUAAAACAUCAAACCAGCAUGAUGACAAAUAAUCUGGUCUAGGUCUGGUUAGCCCCUAUGGACAAGUAUUCACAAGUUGUGGAACUUCUACACAUUUAGGGAUUCUGGGUAAAUUCUGGGUAAAAAUUUAACUAAAUCAAACCUGGGAUAGUGUAACGUGUGUGUGUGCGUGUGUGUGCGUGUGUGUGCGUGUGUGUGCGCGUAUGCGUGUGUCUGCAUGCUUCUUUUGUUCAUUGGUUCAUUCCAGGUGGGGGUGGGUUCACAGCAGCCUAUCAUUGUCUGGCCAGAGGGAUGGACUGCUGGUGUAAUAAAGGGUGUGGUCUCAUGUGCAGAAGUACAUACCUCCAGGCCACCCCCGUUCUGUCUUUGGCACGGGUUGGUUUUCUCUAUUCCAUGCUUGUCUGUCCGUUUGUUCACCCUUUUUUUAAACAAUAGUUUGUCUUCCUGUCCUGGCACCAUUCCAGAUGUGGAAAAUGCCAUGAUGCUUCAGUGUUGGCGAAUGCCCUCCCUCCACAAUAAGUAACAAAGGAGUUCUCAGACACAGAAUUUUGUGACAUGCAGCCUCACAUGUCUUUUGGUAAUAAAUGACAUCGCGGCCUGUGUUAAAUUCCUCAUUAAUGCGGACAAGUGAUUCUUUUUGCUUCAAGAUACUGAGUCAUGUACUCAAUCUAAGAUCAGAAGACACCACUCUGAAUCACCUGGGACACUGAGGACCUCAGGCCCUCACCCACAAUCGUUCAAAUGGCUUCACCCCAUCACCACCCCCACCCAAUGGAAGGCCAUGGAAUUGGAAAUCAGUCCUACCUCACUGCUGAUUGGUUGGACCUGACAUCUUCUGAAUAAUUUUCUAUGUAACCUUUUUUCCUCUCAAUAUUCAGAUUUCACCCCUUUGUACUUACCCUGGCUGGAAACUGCUUUUUCAGUUUGACAGUGAAACUGAUCUGAAGGUUGUAGAAGAACUUCUCUACAUAUUGCAAAGGAUCUAUGGAGAACAAAGAGAUGUCAUGAUGAAAAUGAAUGCUCAUGUUUUUUUUUUUUUUAGUUGAACACAAUUUUCCCCCUCAUCCUGUGUAUAUAUACAUAUAAAACACUAUGGCAAAUGUGCAUAAGGGUUGACGUGCUCUCUGUGUCCUUUCCUGCUGUCUCUUUCUUUCUAAAAGAGAAUAGGAGUGGAAAAGAGCACAGCCCACUGUUCUGUUCCUCGUCUUGUCAGAUUUUAUUUAUGACUGCUGCCCUAGGCCCUCUUUCAGCCAAGUGCAGCUUGUAUGAUAAUAACCCAGAGUGUCAGGAGUUAUUGGAUA